GAAAAAAGGCAGUAUUGGCAGAAUUGUCAGCUGGAGGUGUAUAAAAAUAGUUAAACGAGUGCUGGUGCAAAUUGUGUAAAAUUUAGCAAUUUAAGGAAAAGUUUUCAACUUUAAAAGUAGUGAUCUGAUAUUGAGUAUACAACUAAAACAAUAAACUAUCGACGAAUGCUGUGCAACAAUCUGGACUCCAAAGAGAGAGCCUAAAGAAUACGACCAAAUGAAAAGUAUUUAAAUAAGAGUAAAUCGAUGCAAUUUUCUAAGAGAUUUUACGAAAAUUUUGUGCAAAGAACACGCCUAAUUAACAAUUCAGCAAAAAUUAUCAAUUGUGCAAUUUCAACACCAACAAUAAGAAGAAUUGGCAGAACUUAUACGAGAAAACACCUCCUGAGAAAUCGGUCGCUGUAGCUGUUGUUUUGUCGGGGUCACCAAUACAUCGCACCGAUUUCUCAUUGUAGUUGCGAACGUCAACAGCGGUAUUGCAUAGUAACAUAACGGCAACAAGGGGCAAAACAGAGAGGUGUGCACGCUGUCUGUCAUCCUUUUCCUCGGCACAUCUGCCCACGCUCUACGCCGACAGAACGAACACUUGACUGCAUAAAUCAGCAGGGCUUAACAUUCGGUGUAGAAGAGGAUUAAACUGAAUAAGGCAGUAAGAUGUCAUCCCCCAGUGCUGGCAAGCGACGCAUGGACAAUGACGUUAUUAAACUAAUCGAAUCCAAACACGAAGUAACCAUAUUGGGUGGCCUAAAUGAGUUUCAUGUGAAAUUCUUCGGACCGCAUGGGACACCGUACGAGGGUGGCGUAUGGAAGGUGCGAGUCUACCUGCCAGACAAUUAUCCCUUCAAAUCGCCAAGCAUAGGGUUCGUGAAUAAAAUCUACCAUCCGAACAUCGACGAAUCAUCGGGCACGGUUUGUUUGGAUGUAAUCAAUCAGGCCUGGACAGCGCUGUAUGAUCUCUCGAAUAUUUUCGAAUCGUUUCUACCACAAUUGCUGACAUAUCCGAAUCCAGUGGAUCCGCUGAAUCGGGACGCAGCGGCGCUGUACUUACAUGAACCGGAGGAGUAUCAUCGCAAAGUGGCCGAUUAUGUGCAACGCUAUGCCACCGAGGAGGCGCUGCGUGCGGCGCAACAAGAGCGAGAGAGCAGCGAUAGCGAGUCGAGCAUGUCGGACUAUAGUGAAGACGAGGCCCGAGAUAUGGAGUUAUAAUAUCGGUUUAUGGUUAAGCUAAUUAUAUGAAUUUGAAUUACAUUUAAAUACACAAAUUACAUAUACACGCUCACACACAUACUACCUACUACGUAAUCUUAAACGUGCAUACAACAAGCAUACAUAAAAACACACACACACACAUGCAUACUACAAUCCUACCUAAUAAAAGGGAAGCAAAGCAAAGAAGUAAAAGAAUACAAAAAUAGUGGAUUAUGAAGGGAAGAAGAGAAAUGGAGAACUCGAAGACGACAGUUAAACGAUACGAUAAAGCAAAAAGUAAGCGCAAGUCAUGUGUAUAUGUGACUACACAUACAUACAUAUAAAUAUAUAUAUAUAUAUAAUUAAGCAAGAUUGCGACGCGACGCCGCCAUACGGGCAACUUGCAUUGCUGCAUAGCGACAACAACAAUAACAACAACAACAGCAGCAACAGCACGUCAUUGCAACACUCAAUGUUGUUGCCACAUACAUACAUGCACACA